AUUGCUCUGUUUUAGAACUGUAACACCUUAUAUCUUCUGUAAACACUACACAAUAUUUUCUUAAACAAGUUCUGAAACCUUGCCUUCAUUUUUCUGAAUCAGUGUUCUUAACCUUUACAGAAAAAUUGAAAUCCUGACACCUAUUAAAACCAUUUUUGUGUUUUCCAUAGGGAGAAUGUGCUUUUCACAGGUAGUUUGGUCCCUUUUGUUAGCAGUCCUCUUGGGUGGAGCUCUUACUCAAGUAGGAUGCUUAGAUUUUAAUUUUUCAACCUUCAAAAAAGAAGACGACCAUAAUCUAAUUAUCACUAAGGGCACUACAAUUUUAUUGAAUGCAAUCCAAGUUACACCAGAUGUUGCUAAUGAUCCUAUCACAAAUUAUUCUGGACGUAUCUUUUACAACAAGCCAUUCAGAUUGUGGAGCAAGAGCAAAAAGAUCACAGCAUCUUUCAAUACCACCUUUGAUCUUAAAAUCACUCCAGAUUUGUCUUCAAAGCAGUCUCCAGUAGGCGAAGGCAUGGCCUUUAUUUUAGCUGCAGAUACCACUCUUCCACAGAAAAGCGAAGGACAGUGGCUCGGGAUUGUAAAUGCAAGCACCAAUGGAUCCCAUCAAGCAAAAAUAGUGGCAGUAGAAUUUGACACUAGAAAGAGCUACGAAGAAGAUAUCGAUGAUAAACAUGUUGGCUUGGAUGUAAAUAGCAUCCACUCAAUCGAACAAGUAUCUUUAACCAAGUAUGGGAUCAAUCUUUCUAAACCAUAUUUGAAUAGUUCAAUAAAGGCAAGGGUUCAGUAUGGUGGCAAAGUGAUGAAUGUCUCUGCUAAGACUAAUAAAACAAGUGAGUACAAGCUAAUUUUUUCUCUGCCUCUUGAGCUCUGUAGCUAUCUUCCAGAGAAGGUUUAUGUGGGAUUCUCAGCUUCAACCGGCAAUGCCAUUCAAACAAACUGCUUAAGAUCGUGGGAAUUCCAUGGUUCAAAAAUUGCUGAUGAAGAGAUGUUGUGGGUAUGGAUCACAGUUCCAGCAGUGCUUAUUGUAUUUAGCAUGAUUGUGUUUUACUUUUAUUGGCAGAGGAGACACAGAGUGCAACCAGAGGAUGCAUAUCCAAGGAUAGAAGACCAGAUUCAAGGGUCCUCUAUGGCUCCACAAAAAUUCAAAUUCAAAGAUUUGAGAAAGGCAACUCGUAACUUCAACCCCAAAAACAAGCUUGGAAAAGGUGGCUUUGGAACAGUCUAUAAGGGAUUCUUAGCAAAUAAGGAGGUAGCUGUCAAGAGAGUCUCAAAGGAUUCAAGUCAAGGCAAACAAGAAUUCAUAGCAGAAGUCACAACAAUUGGUAGCCUCCACCACAGGAAUCUUGUGAGACUGAUUGGCUGGUGUUAUGAAAGGCGUGAGCUUCUUCUUGUGUACGAGUUCAUGCCAAAUUGUAGCCUAGACAGGUUCAUAUAUGGCAAUGAGGAACUAGGCAUGGAGGAACCUACACUCGGAUGGGAAAGAAGGCACACCAUAAUUUAUGGGGUAGCUCAGGCAUUGGAUCAUCUUCAUAAUGGGUGUGAAAAGAGGGUGCUUCAUCGAGACAUAAAAGCCAGCAACAUCAUGCUGGACUCAGAGUUCAACGCAAAGUUGGGAGACUUUGGACUAUCUCGUACCCUUCAACAAAGCGAAAAUACUCACCACACAACAGAAGUCAUUGCUGGAACACUAGGUUAUAUGGCUCCAGAAACUUUUCUUACUGGUAGGGCAACUGUUGAAACAGAUGUCUAUGCAUUUGGUGUUCUUGUAUUGGAAGUUGUCAGUGGAAGGAAGCCUGGAAAUCAGAAUGAGCAAAGUGACUACAACAACAACAUUGUGCAUUGGCUAUGGGAUCUUCACAGGCAGGAAAGGAUACUUGAUGCCAUUGAUUCGAGAUUGACCAAGGAAUUUGACGAGGAAGGAAUGCUGAGCAUGCUUGUUUUGGCAUUGGCUUGUUGCCAUCCAAAUCCACACCAGAGACCCUCCAUGAGAACAGUUUUGCAGGUACUUACAGGGGAAGUACCUCCACCACUGGUGCCCCCUGAAAGACCUGCUUUUGUGUGGCCAGCCAUGCCUCCUUCAUUCAAUGAGGAUGCUGAAAACUUUUCCAGUGGAAGCCAACUUAGUCCAUUCACAAAACCGACUGGGAGAUGA